AUGCUGGGCUAUUGCCACAGUGUGGGCCGAAGCGCCCUGAGGGUGGCAGGAAUGGAAUCAGGUGAAGCUGUCAAACCUUUCACUCCAGAGAAAGCCAAGGAAAUUGUGAUGUCUCUACAACAACCUGCAAUCUUUUGUAACAUGGUUUUCGAUUGGCCAGUACUACAUUGGAAUGCUAAAUAUCUUUCUGAGGCUUUGGAUGGAAAGACAAUACAGUUUAGAAUGGGAAUAAAGAAAAAGGACACAGCUCCUCAAUUUGAAACCAAGUGCAGUUAUGUGGAAGCUACACUUGAAGAGUUUUUGGCCUGGAGUGGUGGACAGCCUACUUGUUUCUCUGGACCAUUCAGUUUUUACGAUUCCUCCAAAUAUUGGGCUUAUGCUGAUUAUAAAUAUAUUGCUAGGCUAUUUGAAGACAAGAGAGAAAAAUUCAAGGAUAUAAUAUGGUCUGAUUUUGGUUUCUCUGGAAGAAAUGGAAAGGAGAGCACAUUGUGGAUUGGCUCAGCAGGAGCAAACACUCCUUGUCAUUUGGAUUCCUAUGGGUGCAAUUUAGUACUACAGAUACAGGGAAGGAAAAGAUGGCACCUUUUCCCACCUGGGGAUACCACUUUCCUUUAUCCCACUAGGAUCCCUUAUGAAGAAUCCAGCAUAUUCAGCAAAGUCAACGUGGUCAACCCUGAUCUGAAACUCUUUCCUAUGUUCAGGAAAGCCCACGCCCAUGUGAUUACACUGAAUCCAGGACAGGUCCUGUUUGUUCCCAGGCACUGGUGGCACUACGUAGAAAGUGUUGACCCCAUCACAGUCAGUAUAAACUCUUGGAUUGAACUGGAUGCCGACCACAGAGCCCGGGUAGAAGAGGCAAUAACUCGAACGCUAGUGUGUGCCAUAAAAUCUGCAGAAAACCCCAGCCAUGUGGCUGCCUGGCUGAAUCCCACAGAAGUUGAGGCAACAUCCCAUGAAACCAAUCUUCAAUACUUAAAUAAAGCAACGUCUGCAUAUUUAGACUACCAAAAGGCAACUGUAUCAGAGGACAGAGAUCCCAGCACUCGUGAUAUAGAGAAGGGGGCAUCUUCAAGUAAAAGAAGGAAAAUGCAAGUAAACACCAAACCAGAGGAUUGCAAAUCACUGACCCAUGAAGCUGGACUUACAGUGGUUAAAGCACAAAAAUUGCAGAAAAUACCUUUCGGGGUACAUCUUCUUCCAGUAUUACCACAGCCUCAAGAAGCAAGCAUGGUGGGAGCAGGAGCAGUGGAAAGUGACUUUAGAGACCUUCUCAGUGAAAAUGAAGGACGACAUUUUGGAAAAUUACGCUGCACUGGGAAGCAAUCGGUAAUGAACAGUGACUAUGAAACAUUGGCAGAUCAAACUGAAUCAGACAGCACUGCAAACUCUUCACAAAUGGCCAUUUCUACAAAUGACUUGCUAGAUUGUUUGGUUAAUCCAGAAGUCAUCAGUUUAGUGGCUGGUCUCUUGUUGGAGAGAGAGGAAGUUUGAUAUCAGUGUACUUUAUUAUUUUAUUUCUAGAAUAAAGAGAGAAACUGGCAA